UAGCGUAUGAAAGGCUAAGACAUUUCACAACUUUUUCUGAAAAAUAUAAUUUUUGGAGAGAAGGCUGAUAAGAUUCGCUCAACAACGAUAAUUACCAGAAUGGCUCCUCUCACAACAAAACGACGCAAGUUGGAACAUACAAGUGACGAUGGGGCGCCGCAAUCUCAAAAACCACAGAUAGACAACAGUGAAACUGAGGAUGCUUCCGCAGGUGAAGAGAAUGGAGAUGCGAUUCAAUCGAAACCGAAACAUCCACCGACAAAACGACGACAUGAUGAUCAGGGUAGCGCGUUAUAUGCGGGCGGUCUUUAUAAGUCAAGUAUGUUUAAACUUCAAAUAGACGAGCUGUUGAAUGAAGUGCGACCAAACUACGAGAAGCGCGCUGCCGGAAUAAAAUCUGCAUUACACCAGCUUAAGAAUGUAAUUGAGGGCAUUGAAGAUCGGGAACCCCUCCCUGUGAGCUCUGCCUUGAACCUUUGGUCUAUCUAUGCCAGUCGCUGAUUUCUGAUCUAUAGAUACCUGACGCCAUCAAGUUGUUCUCCAAAACUCACAAAAUUACCAUCCCCUUUCCUGAUCCUAAACCCGGUAAUAAUGCAGCCUACAAACUUAUGUAUUCGAAACCAUCUGGAAUCAACGUUGUCGGGAGUUAUGCAUUGGGGACUAUGGUUAAGUCCGAAAGACCAUUGUGUGUCGACAUGAUUGUGAACAUGCCCAAGUCCGUUUUCCAAGAGAAGGACUACCUUAACUAUAGGUAUUUUUAUAAGAGAGCGUACUAUUUGGCAACAAUAGCAGCAGGACUUCAUACUACAAUCCCGGAUUUGUCUUUGGAAUAUGAAUUAUUGAACGGAAACAGCCUACACCCGAUUUUAGUAGCUCGAUGGAAAGCCAACCAAAAAGUCGAUUCAAGUUCUCGAUUUGAGGUUCAUAUCAUACCUGCUGCCCCUCGAGGUUUCUUUGCCGAAGCUAAGUUACGCCCUACGAAGAACUCCAUUCGCCCUAAGGAGGCAGCAGGUAAUGAUGCUGCUGCCGCUGAACCCUCACCAUUCUACAAUUCAUCGUUGAGCGCGGAUUGUAACUUUGAAUCGUAUCUCCAGCUGCUACAUAAUGCAUCCAAGACAUCAGAAGGCUUCAAAGAUGCGUGUCUGCUUGGCAGAAUUUGGCUUCGACAGAGGGGUUUUGGCAGUGCUAUAUCUCAGGGAGGGAUCGGACAUUUUGAGUGGGCAGCUCUGACAGCUCUGCUGUUGAAAGGAGGUGGUCCAAGAGGACAUAGUUUAUUAUCUCCUGGAUAUAGCAGCUACCAAAUGUUUAAGGCUGUGGUACAGUAUCUAUCGAAUACUGAUCUAGUCAAGAAGCCAAUGCUUUACGAGGCAUCAGAUUUCCAGGCUGCAAAAUCUGAUGUGCCAAUCUUCUAUGAUGGCCCACGAGGUGUCAACAUUCUAUACAGAAUGACUCCAUUUUCUUACGAAUUACUCCGUGAUGAAGCGAAAACUUCAUUAACGAUGCUCAAUGACUCCACUUUUGACCAAUUCGAAGCGACGUUCAUCACAAAGGCUGAUCAGAUUCUGCAGAAGUACGACUGCGUCAUAAACAUUCCUAUACCUGGCGAAAAGGAUGGCUUGUUUAGUUGUGAUCAUAAGAUUCAUGCUACUACCUUCGCGAAUCGUGUGUUUGCUAUCUUAAAGGAGGGCUUGACCGAUAGGAUCAAACUGUUGGAUAUCAAAGGUAUCGAGACAAGCCCUUGGCCAAUAAAAAACUCGGGGGCUUCGACAAAUCAAAACCAAACAUUGAAUCUUGCUGUUCUCUUUGACCCGGCGAAUAUCAGUCGUUUAGUUGACCACGGUCCGCCAGCGGAAGAUAAGAAAAAGGCAGCCAAAUUCCAGAAGUUCUGGGGUGAAAAGGCCGAGCUACGACGUUUCAAAGAUGGAAGUAUCCUUGAGAGUUUAGUAUGGUCACCAGGCUCAACCUAUUCUAUUUUCGAGGAAAUCGUCACUUAUCUUACGAAGCGACACUUUGGAGCUGAGCUGAGCAGAAGAUUAAGCUUCAUUGGUGAAGGUUUUGAGAAAAUACUGCCUUCGUACGGGAGUAGCGCUAAAGCCUUCGAGGUCCUCAGACAGGCGUACGAUUCUUUCGAAAAAGAUAUUAGGGAUAUGGAGAGUUUACCGUUACAACUAAGACAACUUUCUGCAGUGGAUCCUCAACUGCGAUCUUCGUCGAUUGGACUUCCAUUAUUUGCACCAAGACAGUCUCUCCAUACCCCCGCAGAUGUGCUGAUUCAAUUCGAGGGAUCUGGUAGAUGGCCAGAUGAUGUUGUUGCCAUUCAAAGAACUAAAAUCGCCUUCCUCCUUAAGAUUGGCGAGCUCUUGGCUGAGUCCAAUGACAGCAUAACAACAAGACUCGGCAUAGAGAAUGAGGAUCAACCACUCCAAAACUGUGCUUUUUUGGAUGUAUUCUAUCCAUCAGGCGCCACAUUUCGUCUUCGAAUUCACAAUGAACGAGAACAAACACUUCUCGAGCGUCAGGUCAAGGAUAAAUUCAGUGAAAAUCGAUCACGAGAAGAUGCAGUUUCGGCACUUUCUAUCUAUAAAAGCUUCAAUAUUCAACUUCCAUUACACACGCAGUCAAUAUCAACUCAUUGUACUCGAUUCCCUCUCCUAUCACCAACAAUUCGUCUUGUUAAAAAGUGGUUCGAUCGCCACAUGCUUUCUAGCCAUAUCAGCGACGAGCUCAUCGAGCUUUUGACAGUUCGAGUCUUUUUACAACCUUAUCCGUGGAAGGCACCAUCGAGUGCUAUGUCUGGAUUUUUGCGCACCUUACUUUUUAUUUCGAAGUGGGAUUGGCGAUCAACCCCUCUUAUCGUAGACUUUAACGGUACGAUGACAGACAAAGAUGUUUCCACCAUAAACACGAGGCUUGAGGCAUGGCGGAAAAUUGAUCCAGGCAUGAACCGCACGGUUUUAUUUGCAGCAUCAAAUCAUGACACAACUGGAACCGCUUUCACUGACAAUGGGCCCUCAAAAAUGGUAGCCGCACGAAUGACGGCUCUUGCGCGAUCAGCUUGUAAAGCCGUCAAGGACCAAAGCUUAGAUUUGGAUACCAGAUCACUAUUUGCUACGUCCACUAAUGACUACAAUUUUGUCAUUCAUUUAAACCCUAAGGCUACUGGUACCUCGAAGACAAAGGAUUCACAUCGCUUCAAGAACCUUGAAGUGCAGUCCGAAUUGAGCAUUGACAAAGUCGACUACCGACCCCUUCAAAUGUUCAGCGAAGAACUAAAGAAUCUAUACAAUGGAAGCAUCGUUUUCUUCCGUGGUGCAACAGAUAUGACACGCAUUGGAGGGCUAUGGAAUCCACAGACGGCAGUUCCAAGAGCGUUUAAGGUAAACUUGGCAUAUGCGGCCAAGCCGUUGGAAGAAAGAGGUGGGGAGGAGGAAGAGGCCAAAAAUUUCGAAAUCAAUAAAUCUGCAAUUUUGGCAGAGAUUGCUCGUUUGGGAGGUGACAUGGUCUCGAGGAUAGAAGUUCAUUGAGAGAAGACGCUUUAUAUAUUAUUAGGCAGUGCAAUGUAAAAGACACGAAAUCAUAGAUAAUACCCAUGUAUUGAAUAAUAUUCUAUUGUAAGAGAAUACAAUGUCUU